CUGGCGAAGGACUGUCGUGGCGGGAUUGAUUCGGGGCUUUGCACCCACGGUGUAGAGUGCGGAGGGAAAGGGUGAGCAGGAGGAGUGGGGGUGGGAAGGGUUGGCGGUACUUGCGCCAGCUAGAGGCUAGAGCGCGGAGCGCGCAGUUCAGAGAGGGAAAGAGAGAGAGGAGUCAAGUAAGCCUGCACUCAGUGACCAACGCACUCCAUACCCUGCCCUGCUGUUAAUUAAACGGCGAGGAGAGAAGGGCCAGCGGAGAAUUCCCCGCGGCCACCGGUGCGCCUUGUUGGAGUGACACCGACAACAGUCGAGAAAUCCCGCUCGGAAAGGGAGAGAGGAACUCGCAGGCGGCGGAAUGAGCGCUGACAGCUAACGCCCGGAGCAGAUCGGGACUUCAUGAGUGGGAAGUGGAGCAGUGGUUGGAGACAACGCGGGAAGCCGAGGGGUAGACCACGGCCAGUGUAACUUCAUUUAUUCAUCGAGUGAAAAAAACGAGAGAGAUACUACUGCAAUGAACAAACUAGGCUUCUGUAAGGCCACCUUGGGACUGUGGCUUGUCUGUAGUCUGUUCCUGGGAAGCGCCGAGGGGAAUUUUGCCGAUCACCACGUUCAUUCCAGCUUCAUUUACAGGCGCCUGCGGAACCACGAGAGGAGGGAGAUUCAGAGGGAGAUACUCUCCAUCCUGGGGCUUCCUCACCGCCCCCGGCCCUUCUCGGUGGGGAAGCACAGCUCGUCCGCGCCGCUCUUCAUGCUGGAUCUGUACAAUGCGAUGUCCAGCGAGCAAGAGGCGGAGCGAGGAGCGGCCAGGAGUGCCGUGCCUUACCGCGCCGCUCUCGCCACACAGAGCCCAUCGCUCGCCAGCCCGCACGACACCAACUUCCUCAACGACGCUGACAUGGUCAUGAGCUUCGUGAAUCUAGGCAUUCACAGUAGAACAAAGAAAUACAAUAGAAUCAAUGGAAAACACAAACAAGGACUGACAAGCUACCAAGUUGAAAGAGACAAGUACUUCUCUCACCAACGAAGACACUACAAGGAAUUCCGAUUUGAUCUCACACAAAUUCCUGAAGGCGAGGCAGUUACAGCAGCAGAAUUCCGCAUUUACAAAGACCGAAGCAACAGCAGAUAUGAAAAUGAUACCUUCAGGAUUACCAUAUACCAGGUUAUUAAAGAAUAUACUAAAAGGGACGCCGACCUCUUCCUGUUGGACAGCAAAAAAAUUCGAGCAUCAGAGGGUGGAUGGCUUGUGUUCGACAUCACAGCUACCAGCAAUCACUGGGUACUGAACCCACAACAUAACCUGGGCUUGCAGCUUUGUGUGGAAAUAAUGGAUGGUCGGACUAUUAACAUUAGAUCAGCUGGCCUAAUAGGAAGACAUGGACCACAGUCCAAGCAGCCCUUCAUGGUGGCCUUUUUCAAAGCCAGUGAGGUACUGCUCCGUUCUGUCAGGGCUGCCAACAGCAAACGCAAAAACCAAAAUCGUAACAAGUCCAGCGGCUCUCAAGAUUCCUCAAGAUUAUCCGGCCCUGGAGAUUACAACACCAGUGAGCAGAAACAAGCAUGCAAGAAGCAUGAACUCUACGUCAGCUUCCGGGACCUGGGAUGGCAGGACUGGAUCAUAGCUCCAGAAGGAUAUGCUGCGUUUUACUGCGAUGGCGAAUGCUCCUUUCCACUCAAUGCGCACAUGAAUGCUACAAACCAUGCAAUUGUCCAAACACUGGUUCAUUUGAUGUUCCCUGACAACGUCCCCAAACCUUGCUGUGCACCAACCAAGCUAAAUGCAAUCUCUGUGCUGUACUUUGAUGACAGUUCAAAUGUUAUAUUGAAGAAAUAUCGAAACAUGGUGGUAAGAUCUUGCGGAUGCCACUAACAUAAAUUCAAGUGGAAUGAAGAUCCAAUUAAAAAUUCAGUCCUUAAACCAAAUGACUCCAAAUUGGGUUUGAAGGUGCUUAAUGUACAGUAUUGUGUAUAUAGUACUUACUGUGCUUAUAAUUUAUUUCUUUCAAUUAAACUACAGGAAAAUUAAACAGGUGUCCUCAGUCCCUUCUGGUAGUGCACAAGACAACUGUGGUCGACUAAGUAUUUAUUCAGUAGAGCUGAGAACUGGUACAAUUUUAGGCAAAGCUUUUCUCUAUGGUACAAACAUUGCAAAGGUGGUAAAUAGUUUAACUUAUCUGAUUUCCUGCUAUAUAUAUUUUUAUUAAACAGAGGGAUUUAAAAAUAUUUUUACAUCAUCUCUUUCUUAAUAUGUACCACAUGUAAUAUUAGAGGUAAAAAUGUUGUGUAAUAAUUGCCCUAUUCAUAAUGUACUGUAUAUCUACAAACUUGAUGAACAUUAUUUGAAGUAUGCUACAAUUCCUUUGGAGACUUUCAAUUUUCAAAUGUGUUCCAAUUAGUUAUUUGCAUCUAUUCAGUCCAGCAGUUCAAAAUAUUAACACCUCUUUAUCAAAAUACUACAACAAAAUAAAAAUUAAUUUUUACAAGAGAUGGCUGCGCAUGUUGGGAUUUGGGCUUAACGAAUCUGCCCCGUUGACAAUGUAAUUUUACAGCAAGGUCCGUUGAUCGGGCACACUCAGAAUUUCCGGACUAUUCCAAGUUCUACACAGACACACCAUAAAUUUACUUUUUAUAAGAUAUUACAACGUAGAAUAACACAUUUUCCAACAAAACUGGUAAGUUUAAAGGGAGCGACACACAGUCCAGGCAUGCUGCUGAGUUCCUCCAGCAUUUUGUGUGUGUUGUUUGGAUUUCCAACAUCUGCAGAUUUUCUUGUCUUGCGUUUAAAGGAAGCACAGGGAACGGGAUUCUGGUGAAUCAAAAGGGAUUGGCAUCCCGGUGUGUCUAAAGGAAACGGGAUCCCGGUGUGUCUAAAGGGAACGGGAUCCCAGUGAGUUUAAAGGGAACUGGAUCCCGGCGAAUCUAAAGGGAACUGAUCCCGGCGAAUCUAAAGGGAACGGGUUCCCGGCGUGUCUAAGGGGAACGGGAUCCCGGUGUGUCUAAAGGGAAUGGAAUCCCGGUGAGUUUAAAGGGAGUACAUGUGUACACAUUUGGUCAGAGAUGGGU